UAGUAUGACUGCCACACUGGUCACAUGUAUAACGACAGUGAGUGCUAUUUCACUGUCAGAAGACUAUAGUUUGAGUGAUGUGGUGGAGAACUUAAAGGAGGUUGGAAGCUGGAUCAAUAGCUGGCUCCCUAAAAACCGUUUUGUACGUACCUUGUUCUAUGGUGCCACUACGGUUGUUGGUCUGAGGCUUAUACCUUUCCUCCUCCGUAGGACUUCCUUCUUCAAAAAUGUAGAGAUACAAAGCAGGUAUUUUCAUAGAUCCACCACAAUUCCCGACUUGUUGAAGAUAAAGGGGGGCUUAUUGAAGGAGCUGAAAGAAGGGUCACAUGAUCUACCAUUGAACGAGCAGGGUAAACUGGUACUUCUGGAACUCAACGCCGGGGGAGGUACAAAUAUAUCGUACUAUCCUGACGGCUGUAUUUACAUAGCUAUAGAUUACUGGCGGGGAGCUAAGGAGCACCUGGAACAGAACUUCAAUAAUGAAGAACCUCGGAUAACACUUGAUAGAUUCCUAAAAACAAUACCAGAGCGACUGAUGACUGUUCCAGAUAACACUGUCUCAGCUGUGGUGUGUAUUCACAGUCUCUGCUCCUCUCCCAACCCUAAUCUAGCUUUAUUGGAAUUUCUUCGUGUACUCAAACCUAAUGGCAAAAUGUACUUUAUUGAACAUGUGAUUACUGAGAGGCGGUACAGUGCAUUUUGGUUUUCUCAGAUGAACUUUAUUUUACAGAUGUCCUAUUGGAACUGUCACAUCGGAGACCUUAGAACGCAGAUAGAAACAGCCGGAUUUAGUAAAGUGAACUUAUCUUAUCUGGAGUUGAAUUUUAAUGGAGUGAGAAUGCCUGGUCCUAUGAGAAGCUUAGCACCCCAUGUUUACGGGUAUGCUGUCAAGUGAGAAGUAGUUCAGUUGUUAGAUAUAUUUAAUUUAUAAUGAAAUAUAUGUUUCCUCAAAUUGACAAUUUUAGGUUCAAAUUGUAUUAUUUACUUUAAAUUAUUUUUAUGAUUUCUGCUAACGAAGUUGAUAGAUUUAUUUAAUUUUAUGAUUCAACCCUGUUUCUUAUUGUUUUUUAGUUUAUUAUUUUAAUAAUGUUAUCUAUUAGAUGACUUAGUGAUAGAUUUAUAAGCAGACCUAUAGCUAUAGGAAUGGCUUUUGUUUGAAUCAAUCUUAUAACUUUUUGUAAGAAUCUACAUUUUAUAUCGACCUAUUUUAAGAAGUUAAAAGGUUACUUGCUCGAGGCAUUAUAGGUCAACUGAUCGGUAUUUAAAUAUCAAACAAAUUUAAAGUUAACAAUAUAAAUUAUUUUAAAGUAUGUAAUUAGUGCGUGAUCGAAAAUUUAUUUGAUAUUUUCUGAAAACACUGAAUAUUUUGCUAUUUUAAACUGUUAACUGAGUGAUGUAAUCUGACUCC